ACACGGUCUGCUUUUAAUGUAACACUAAUGCAAAUCUAACCUCUCGUCGUAAGCUCUAAACUGCAAUAUAACCUUUAUCUACGCUAUCUUCAUAUUAUUACGCUCAUAUUUUAGUAUAAUCUAAUGCACUUGACUGCACUAGUAAAUUCCUCAUCGUCAACUAAUCGGUAAAUAUUAACUACUCUCUGUUUAGCUUCCUGGUUAACCCCAAAAAAUUAAGGGAACGGUUAGAAAAAUUGCAGAUUUAUAAACUCUCCGACUGCAUGCAAGAAGGAUGAUGAGGUAUUUGAUUGAAAUUGCCCUGUUCCCCAGAGAGUUCGACCUUGAUAGGGUGCCAUGCAGGGGCGGUCAUGGACCAGGUCACAUUUAGAAGUGACACUGUUCUGUCUGACGUGCACCUGCUGUUGCCAAACGCUUGCCAUCUUAUGAAGCGACUCAACGGCGUAGGACAGCCAGUCUUCACUUCAAAGUUUAGGAUUCUGCGGGAUUACAAUGGGAAGGACUCAAGCUGUGAUUCACCUGUCCAUGAGAACUCUGAUGCAUCAAACAUUCAGUGGGAUGAAGAUGGGGACCUGGAUGUGGUGAGAAGGCCCAGAUACCCCACCUGUAACAGAGAUGCAGUAUGUCCCGUUAUCCUCAGUCAAUCUGCAGUGACGCUGACCGACCAGGAUGAAGAUUCUGAGGAGGAGGAUGGUGCCCAUGACAUCAUUAAGAUUGAGCAUACUAUGGCGACAUCUCUGGAGGAUGUAGGGAAACAGAUCUGGCGUGGUGCUUUCCUAUUGGCUGAUUUCAUCCUGGCACAAGCAAGCAUGUUCAAAGGCGCUACUGUCCUUGAGCUUGGAGCUGGAACGGGACUGACCAGCAUUGUCAUGGCAAUGCUGGCUAAAACGGUGUACUGCACAGAUGUUGGUGAAGACCUCCUGAACAUGUGUCAGAGAAAUGUGACUUUGAACAAGCAGCACUUUGAACCCCAAGAGAGCAAAAUAAAGGUGCGUCAGCUGGACUGGAUGGCAGAUGAUUUCUGCACAGAUGCUGAUUUGGAGUUCUGCUGGACUGACGCAGAAGUAGCAGACUUGCAUGAUAAUACCACGGUUUUGAUCGCAGCAGAUGUGUGCUAUGAUGAUGAUCUUACAGACGCUCUGUUCAGAAUACUAUAUAGACUUUCCAGCAACAUGCGGCACCCCAGCACAUCCUACAUCUCCAUAGAAAAGAGAUUGAACUUCACUCUUCGACAUAUGGACGUGGCUUGUGAAGCUUAUGAUCACUUCCGUCACUGCCUAAACCAGUUACAGCAGAUGACAGAUGGAAAGAUGAAUUUCACGGUUGAGCCUGUGAAGAUCUCUUUUUCACAGUUCUUUCAAUAUGAAAGGGUGGACCAGCUGGAACUUUGGAAGGUGACAGCAGAAAGACUUUAAUGUGAAACACCACAGGUUUUUAAGUGUGGUUUCCUUUUAACACCAUGUUUGCUGAAUUAAUUUGUCUUUGAAAUUCCUAUUUAUUCAUAGUCUUUAGUUUGAUAAUUUGCUCUUAAAUGUUUUCAUUAAAAGCUGCAAUUAUAAAGGAACGCAAUUUCACACGAGAAUGUUGGUGUGCUUAUGCAUGUUAUACUGUGACCAGCUUUAAUUUUUAGAGGUUUGGGACAAGUUUUUCAAAGGAUCAUUGGGAGAAGUUAUGGAAAUUCAUUUUUGAAAUGUUGAAAACGAACACAAAUUUAUUCGGAUUGAGGUUUUAUAAAACCUAUUCCAAAAAUGUGUUUCGGCAAAUAUAAAUUGUAAGAUACUGAAGAGCAUCAUGCAAAUAUAUUUAUUUAUUCAUUUUAUGACUGUAGAUAUUUGUAAAUAAGUGUUUUGGUGCAACGGAAGAAAUGACUCGCUGUAUGACAACAGUAUUGUGGUAUAGCAAUUAGGGUUGGGUAUCGAGAAUCGAGUAUCGAUUGACCGAGACUAACUUUUCGUUUUUCCCGGAAUCGUUCAAAAGU